AUGAGUACCGUUUAUGAACCUUCCACAGCGGUGGACCCGUUAAAGUCCAUUCUGCCUCUUCGUCGCACAUUAAAAACCAAUCAACCUAUAUUAAUAACCUCUGUGACUACAGGUUCUUCCCCUUCUCUUCUUAAUCAACUACAUAAAAUUUUUAAUGAGAUUAUCGAAGAAGGAACUACAUAUCCUCAAGAAUUCUUUCUUGAUUAUGAUGGUAUUGGUAAAAUAAUGGCAGAAUCGUUUCUUUUAUUUGCUCCAUUAUUAGGUUAUAAAUCUAGUGUAUUUAAUUUAGUAUUUGAAAAUAAUAUUGCUUCUAUAAACCUUUGGAAAUCUCUUGGUUUUAAAGAAAUUGGUAAAAUACCUAAAGCUGGAAGAUUAAAAGGUUCCGAUAAAUUAAUUGAUGCAUUCAUGUUUUAUUAUGAUUUUGAUGAAAAAAAUUAA